AUGACUAAAGUUGACGAACCGCAUGGUACCUACCCUAUCUACAACACACCUUCCCAGUCAUUGGAAGGAUUUCCGUUCGAUAUCAUUUCGACGACGACGACAUUCUGCGUUGCCAACGAACUCCUCUGUCGUAUUCGGAAUAAAGUCCCGCAAUCAAUGGCGCGUAGUGCGCUCGAUAUCGAGAUAGCUCUGAUUAGCUUCAUCACUUCGCGCUGGAAGGUCUUCCACCACGUGACGGAGCUGUUCAUCCUGGUGCCGGCGCUGCUCGGCCUCAAGGGCAACCUGGACAUGUGCCUGGCGUCGCGGCUCUCGACGCAAUCGAACCUCGGCAACAUGUCCAGCACCCGGGAAAUCAUCCACAUGAUCGUGGGCAAUAUCGCACUGGUGCAGGUGCAAGCGACGGUGGCGGCGUUCAUCGUGUCCCUGUUCGCCAUGGGCGUCGGGGCGGCCAUGAACGGGCGGUUCCUGUUCGACCACGCCAUGCUGCUGACCGCGUCGAGCAUGUUCACCGCGACGUCGUCGUGCUUUGUACUAGACUUUGUAUUAGUGGCUGUGAUUUUACUGUCUAAUAAGUUCAAAAUGAAUCCGGAUAACCUGGCAACACCGUUGGCCGCCUCGAUCGGUGAUGUGGUUUCCAUUAGUUUACUUUCCUUCAUAGCGUCGCUGCUAUUUGAACAUCUAGACACUCACCUCUGGAUAACAUUUGUCGUGGUUACCUGUUAUUUUAUUCUGUUACCAUUUUGGGUAUUUUUAGUAUUUAGAAACAAGUACACGCGGCCUGUAUUGACAACUGGAUGGGUGCCCGUUCUGUCGGCCCUCUUCAUCAGUGGAUUGGGUGGCCUCGUGUUGGAUAAGGCCGUCGAAGUUUUCAAAGGUUUCGUCGUGUUCCAGCCCAUCAUCAACGGCAUCGGUGGCAACCUGGUAUCCGUUCAGGCGAGCAAAAUCUCCACCAUGCUCCACCAGAGUUCGAUCAUUGGCAUCAUUCCGCCGCACGCCAAGAUCUUCGAAAUGCCGUGGAAGGCACUGUUCAAGGGAGUUCCUUACGCCAAAACUGCUAGAAUUCUGAUCCUCAUGUCAAUUCCCGGACAAGUGCUGUUCAUCUUCGUUGCUGACUACAUCCACAUGUCCGAAUCAACCAUUGGUGCUCCGUUUGUGUUAUCGUACAUGCUCGUCAGCUUGAUACAGGUUAUGUUGCUCCUGUACAUCGCCCAUAUCAUCAUCCAUGCCAUGUGGAAGUGGAAGAUCGACCCGGACAACUCGGCCAUCCCGUACCUGACGGCGUUGGGCGACCUGCUGGGAUCGAGUCUGCUGGCGUUGGCGUUCUUGUUCCUACAGUCCAUCGGACACUCGUACGGCGAAACGGUGGAGGAGUUCGGCGCCGCCGUGGCCACCACCAUGUCCUUCAGUCCGGUGGAUAUCGAUUUGAGCAAGAAUUUCGCUCCACAGUUGGCCUAGCCGGGUGUUCUUCAGUUUCUUUACUGGAUUUUUGUUUCUGUUUGCUAUCGCACUUCUUCCAAUCAACAUCCGGUUUUUUUUUUGGUUAGUGUUCCAUAGUAGUUUCUGUUGUCUCCAUUGCGCACAUUUAGAACUCGUAGAACUAAGUAAUUUAGUUUAGCAAGAAUAUGUUUCAGUCAGCAAAUGGGUUAUGAGUUGUCUGUGUUCGUAAACGUAAAAAAGGGCUUUAAUCAACAGAAAUAUAGGAGAAAGUUUUAGAACAACAAGUGUGAGUUAGCCAAAGAUUAUUUAAAACCAGAACAUGUGUUGCAAAGAAAUAUUCAACGCCAACAAUUGCCAAUAGUAUCAUUCGAAAUGAACGCCAUACACUGUGAAAAAAAUGAAUAAAUAACACGAUUGUCAAUAUUCUGCAAUUGCUUUUACAAGAAUCAGUAGCUUUCGAAAUGUUGAACAAAUGAACUUAUUCUGUGUAGACAAGCUCUUGAACAAUAACAAGCAUGAAAGUUAAUCAUUGUCUGGGAAUGUACUGAAUUUUCAUUUUCUUUUCAAACAAGCAUCGGGAAACCAAGAAACUUUAAUUUAAAAAAAUAAAUAAAAGGUCUUCGGCUAAAAAAUUUUGGUUACACAGUAAUGAUUUCAUUGAUAAUUUUCUUGCAAUCAUGUGAAAAUAUAAAAAUGAUACUAUCCUUUUCGAACGAUAACACAAAUUCGCAGUUAUGCCAUUGUAUAGAGAAACUCCUCAGUGUCAUAAAAUAGCAUAACAAACAAACAACCUACAUUAGACAUUGCUGGCUUUGUCACAUCAUAGGAGACAGAUUUGUAGUGCCUCUAAUUGCUAUCGAUUCAUUAGUUUGUGGUAGAAUGGGACAAACUCGACCCAAAAGACACACAUCACACAUCAUUGCCUUCUUCCGUCUAGAAAAAAAAUAUGAAAAUCUGUCCCAGCAGCAUCCAUAGUCCACGCUCACCCACAACAGAUAGAUGGUAGUUUAUGUUCUUCAUCAAAGCACAGCACUGAACCCUGGAAAAGUGUAAUACAUAUAUUUAUUAUACGAGACAAUAAGCGAAUGAAAGAUAAAUUGUGUUGGCAGUCCUCAAAUAUCCUUAACUAAAACAGCUGUAAAACUAAAAUCAAGAAUGCUGCAGGUGAAAAAAAACAUAACUAACGGAGUAAAGAAUGUGAUAAUAAUUAAAAACAAAUGCGAGACUGUGAGGCAAGAAGCGGAGAUAAUCGGAAGAGAGAAGUGUAAAACUUAAAAAAAAAAUACUAGAUUACUACCAAAUGAAAGAAUGAAUGUAACAACCCGCGAAGAUAUCAGGUAUGAGCAUAAGCGCAAGAAAAAAAAAUACACGAAUUGAUCGGUACACACGCAUUCAGGGCAGGUUUAGGAGCGUACGAAUAUUUUUGUCUCAGAUGGGAAAAUCUAUAUUGAAACAAUCUGGCAACACUGUAUAAUCAAAACCAACACUACUGGAAUGAUAUGAGUUCGAGUUAGCCAAAGGAAAAGAGAACAAGCAACACAUAAAGAAGAUAAUUCUGCAAUAAAAAGAAUCAAUGUAUUUAAUCAAAUAUGAACAAACAACAACAGUUUUAACUGAAGAAAAAAUCCUAAUAAGCUGAAUAGCAUACUGUAAUUGAGUUCACAUAUUGAAUCGUCUAAAUGAGAUAACAAACUGAAUCAUAGGCAUGGUUAACAAAAAUGAUCCCCAAAUCAACACAUAAAGUAUUAAAAGCGAACCCCUGGAGCAUACAAAAUGUGCAACAGCAGAGAAACAUUUUAAAAUUUAAUUAUUACCCAACACAACACUGACUAAUGCAACGUGAACAGAAACAAUGAGUAACAAAACAUAAAAUAAGUAUCACUUCAACAACCAACCGCAGCUAUACCACGAACAGAAAUAUUGAAGAUGAAUCAUGAAAAAAGCUGAGAAAUGUUGAGUGGAACAUGAAGAAAUAAACUUGUUGCAUUUGAUAACAAUAUCAAGAUGAACGAAAAGAA